CUCUCUGUAGGGGGCUGAGUGAGGGGACACACUUCUCUCAGUCUCUCUGGGCGAGUGGAGGUGAACACAUCGUGUACAGCGAGGAGGGAGAUGGAAAUCUGUCUGACUUUUAUUCUUCUCUCAUCCACACUCACACUCACAGCAGCUGACAGUGUGAGGUUGGUGAAUGGUGGAAGUCGCUGUGCUGGGAGAGUGGAGGUUCUUCAUGAUGGACAGUGGGGAACAGUGUGUAGCGAUCGCUGGGAUAUGAAAGAUGCUGCAGUGGUGUGUAGAGAGCUGCGCUGUGGGGAGCCUGUAAAUGCAGUGGGUUCUGCUCACUUUGGACCAGGAUCAGGACCAAUCUGGAUGGAUGAAGUGGCCUGUAGUGGAUCAGAGUCGACACUGAAGAACUGUAGGUCACAAGGGUGGGGGAAACAUAACUGUCAUCAUGGUGAAGAUGCUGGAGUCACCUGCUCAGGUCACAGAAUGUCUAGACUCACUGCUGGUCCUCACCGGUGCUCUGGGAGAGUGGAGGUGCUUCAUGGAGGUUCCUGGUCCACAGUGUGUGAUGCUGACUUUGACCAGCAGGAUGCAGAGGUUGUGUGUCGAGAGCUGGGCUGUGGGAUUCCUGUGGAGGUGCUGGGAUCAGCUGCUUUUGGCCGAGGGGAGGGUCAGGUGUGGACAGAGGAGCUUCAGUGUAGAGGAACCGAAUCUGAGAUUACCUUCUGUCCAACAUCAUCUUCACUCAAACACUCAGACUGCUCCCAUUACAACGAUGUGGGAUUAAAAUGUUCUGGUCACACAGAGGCUCGGCUGGUGAACGGACCGGACUCCUGUUCUGGUCGAGUGGAGCUCCAGUACCUCGGUGAGUGGGGCACAGUUUGUGCUGUAGGCUGGGAUAUGAGAGCUGCAGAUGUUCUCUGUGCACAGCUGGAUUGUGGGAGUGCCGUGGCUGUGGUGGAGGUGGACUGGUUUGGGGAGGGGAGUGGCCACAUCUGGGCUGAUGUGUUUGAUUGUCAGGGGAAGGAGACACACCUAUCACAAUGUGGCAUCUCAUCAUGGAGUCGAGCUGCAUGCUCUCAUAAACACGAUGCUGGAGUCAUCUGUAAUGGAUCAUCCGUGGCGUUUCAUGAGGGGCGAGUGCGGUUGUCUGGAGGGAGCGAGUGUCAGGGGGAGGUGGAGAUUUAUUUCAGGCAGGACUGGAGGAGAGUUCUCCUGGACUCGUGGAGUCUGUCUGAGGCGUCUGUGCUCUGCAGACAGCUGGGCUGUGGCUCCGUGCUGAACUACCGCUCCUCUCCAUCCACCACUGAACACAAACACAUGUGUGUAACGGGUUUCAGCUGCUCUGGGAGUGAAGCUCAUCUGGGGAACUGCAGCAGUGCACAACCUGUCAGCUGCAGCUCUGGGGAACAGCUGUACAUCACCUGCUCAGACCACAGCUCCAUCAGGUUGGUUGGUUCUGGGGGAGACUGUGCAGGAAGGCUGGAGGUUUUCCACAGCGGCUCGUGGGGGACAGUGUGUGAUGACUCGUGGGAUAUUGAGGAUGCGCAGGUGGUGUGCAGACAGCUGCAGUGUGGAGAGGCCCUCAGUACCCACAUACCAGCCUGGUUUGGUCCUGGAACUGGGUCCAUAUGGCUGAAUGUGGUGGAGUGUGAGGGGAACGAGAAGUCCCUGUGGAACUGCAGAUUUCAGCUGAGUGAAGAGGGUGAAUGUGGACACCAUGAGGAUGUAGGCAUCGUGUGCUCAGAGUUUAAAGAGAUCCGACUCACGGAGGGCUGUGAGGGGAAUCUGGAAGUGUUCUACAAUGGAACCUGGGGUAAUGUGUGUCACAAUCAGAUGGAGCUGGAGAUAGAAACGGCAAAUAUGGUGUGUCAAGAGCUGAACUGUGGAAGUCUCAAGAGUUUGGACUCAGCCAGUGCGAGAGUCGAAUCUGCUCCUAAUUGGCUGGAUCAUGUGAAAUGUAGGAAACACGACUCUAAUCUGUUAAAGUGUCCAUCUUCACCCUGGGGACAGAACAACUGUGAUAGUCGUAGUGAUGAGGUGGUUCAUAUUACCUGCACAGAAGAUGGAACGUCUCUACGUACUCAUGGGACCUGCUCUAAAUUUCCUCUUCAGAAAUAUUGCUCAAAGCACUGGUCUCUCAGGCUGAGUGGAGGAAAGAGAAGCUGCUCUGGGAGGUUGGAGGUGUAUCAUAACGCUACGUGGGGCUCCGUUUGUGAUGAUCAGUGGAACAUCAGGAACGCUCAGGUGGUGUGCAGACAGCUGGGCUGUGGGUCGGCGCUGAGUGCUGAUGGGAAUGUUACGUUUGGUCCUGGUGAAGAGACUAUCUGGCUGAACAGAGUGAAGUGUCGAGGGGAUGAGAUUCACCUGUGGGACUGUCAUCAUUCCCUGAAGAAACACACUGACUGCUCUCAUGUUGGAGUCACCUGUGCAGAUAUAUCUGUGUCCACCAGCACCAAAUAAGAAUAUGAUGACAUGGAAGAGAAACCUUAGGAAGACAGGGACCUUGUGACUGAGACACGCCUCCAAAAGCCUUUAAGGUCUAUGACCUCAACAAAUGAUUUCAUUAUACUUGCAAAAAAUUUCCUGCAUUCUGAACUGUUAUCGUCUUCUUCUUGCUAAUCUUGUUAUUUCAAAUAGAUUAGAGAGAGUUAAAUCACUUUCAUUAUUACUUAACCAAAUGUGCUUUCCUUUCAGAACGCUUUUAAUGCUAUAAAAUAUAGCGAGCUUAAAUAUCACUCACACAACUCACCUCACUUUUCUCACCAAUUAUUCCAUAUAAACAAAAUAACUAUAAUCUUACAUUUAAUCUUUCAAACCAGUUGAUCUUGUUUAAUUGAAACUUGUGAACCUAUUAAUUGUAAUUUUUUUGCACACUGUUAUAGUCUUAUGUGUCCUGCUAUAUGUAUCUUAUAAUAUGCUGCACAGAUAAGAAGAAGCCUGCUGCCAAGAAUUUCACUUUGAGGAGUUUGUACUCUGUGUACAAACUCUGUACAAAUAAAGCUUGAAUCUUUUAUCUAUUA